AUGUCUUCCCUGAACCCAGAGCAACCUCCAUAUCCUGCUUCUGAACCUUCCUCUCCCGAGUUUACCUUCGUGCCCACCCAGCAGCAUGUGCAGCAGCAUGGUCAGCAACAAGUUACGAAGCCUACACUCCACCAAGAGUCAGCACCACCAUUUGUUGUUCCGCAAUUCAAUAUCCAGAAGGUGCAAACUACAACAUUCCCGCCGGUUAAACAAGAUGUAGGUUCGUCGCCCCCAAAACAUAACCACCAACCGCUUUCUUCGCCCUAUUUUUCAAAUCAACUCGAUAACUCAUCCAGGUCGCGCCCGAACUCGCUUUCAAGCAGUUCGUAUAUGGACCAUCGUAGAUUGACCACGGCAUCUCGAAAUUCGGUUUCGUCCACAGGUUCAGCCGUCUCUACUGUCAACACAUUGUACUCGGCAGGAGAUUUUGAAACUGACAUCGAGGUGAACCAAGCAGUUGCAUAUGUCCAGGACCAAACAAAACCACAAGAAGUACCGUCUUUAGUAUCGGUUCCUCCUGCUAGCAAUGAAGUAGAUGCUCCGCUCCCAUCUACAGAUGAACGUAAGAGAGAAAGAUUGAAACAACUAUUCAAAUCUUCCAAGGCCAAAGCUUCAGACACGCCUCACGAGAAUAUAGAGCAGGAUUUUUUCAGCAACUGCACCAACACAUUGAACGAGAAUGUCUACAAAGGAUCCACAAAGGGUACAUUGAAUCUUGACUAUGAUCGCAUUAUGGAGACUUAUUUAUUUGGAGGUACUAUUGAUAGUAUAUUCUCACUUGGAUCUCUCAGUAAAAUCGAAAAGAAUAAUGUCUUGAUGAAUUAUUUAUUGAAUAGCCAUUUGGAAACUGGAGUAGUGAAUUUCUCCAUCAAUAGAAUGCCCUCCCACAUUUUCGUUACAGAUAAUGAAAAAUUUCAACUCUUAUCAUCAGUUUUAACUCAGUUGGACGAGUUCAAUGAGAUAUUGAAUCAAUACAAGUCACAGCUUGACAAAAAUAAGAAAUCCACCAAAUUUAACUCGAAAGACACAUUUAAGAAAUUGGAGUAUUUUGCUAAUUUACAGGGGUUCACUAUCCCAAUGGCACAGUCUAUGUUCGGGAUCUGGCUAUUGACUUAUGCCAAAGGAGGAUUAGAUUCCACUUAUAAUGAUGUCAGAAUCAUGAAUCAAUUCAGAAAGUCUGCAAGAAUGUCCUUGAUUCUUAGGAAAUUGGUAGCGGCAGAUUAUUUCAAUAACGUAUUAGAAAUAGGUGAUGAGCAAGGUAAUAACUUUAAUAACUUUGAAAAGAUUGCAGUGGAGAGAUUUUUAAAGAAGGAUAACGAUUUUGCAUUGAGCAUGGCCAUAUUCAGCAUAGGUGAAUAUUAUCAAUUUGUGCAUAGCUAUGACACGGCAGUGAACUACUGGGAGUGCAAUGGGCACCUAACGAGAGAUGUUGAAAGCUGUAAUUUAGCCAUUUGGGGUCUUAGCGAUGGUUUCGGAGGCGGAAAUAAGGUCAAGACGUUAGAGAAGUUAGGCCAUGGGUCAAAGAGGAAUAAAUACAACACUAAAAGAAGAAUCGCGCACUUAACGAGGAUCUUGAGCAAGAACGGAGGAAAUGCAGACUUUGGGACAUCCUGGGUAUGGAAGGAGAAAUACGAUUGA